UCUGAUCUGAGAUAAUCUAUAAGAUUGCCUUCAUACGUCAUUACCAAGUUCCGCUCGGUUGUAGUUCGACGUUCCUCCCCAGUCAUUCAAGAUGGCGCGUGGGGAACGGCAAAGUUGGAGAAAAAUAAUAUCAAGGAAACUCGAAGCGAGGGAUCGAGUGGAGUGGCAUUGCUUUAGAGAUAUCAUCAGGGAACACAACAAGUUAUUUGAAAAUGCUGACACUGCAAAAUUAAGAGUGGUUCAGUUGGAAAUACAAGUUGCUCAAAUUCAACAGGAAAAAAUUGAGCUUCAUAGACGUGCUCAAGAAUCAAGUUCAUUGGGAGGAGGGGCAGGGGGUGUUGGUGGAGGAUCAGAAAAAGUAGCUUCCUUAGAGCAAAAGCUGUUCAAGUUACAAGAGGAACUGACAGAGCUUCAUCGUCAGAAAGGAGAGAAUGCUCAGAAACUGAUGGAGCUUAACAAUACGUUACGACAAAAGGAGCAAGAACUGUUGGCUAAGGAAGGAGAGUUACAUGACUUAUCAAACAAUUUAGAAGAAGUUGACAGGGCAAGGCAGAGACUGGAGCAAACAGUUACAGAAUUGACGGCAAAUUGUCAGAUGGUAAAGGAUGAACUCCAAGCAUUACAGCUUGCUUACUCAUUAUUGGAUGAAAGAUAUAGGAAAGUACAAACAGAGAAUGAAGAUCUAGUAGCAAGGUGGAUGGUACAAAAAGCAAAGGAUGCCGACAAAGUAAAUGCAGAAAAUGAAUUACAGUUGAGAAUACGUCAUGAAAAGCAGCAAAAUCUACUUAUAGAUGCAGCGAAAGAACCAGUAGUUGUAAAUAUACCAACUUCUAAUCAGCCAGGCGUACCUUUCUGUGCAAUAAUAUCUAUCCCUUCAUUUCCUGAUAAAAAAUUUGAUGCACAUGAAGGUGAAGUAAAUUCUGCCAGAUUCAGUAUUUCAGGUAGAUUAUUUGUAACAGGUGGGGCAGACAGAAGAGUGAAGGUCUGGGAACAAGUCAAUGGAAACUAUACAAUAAAAGGAAUCAUGCAUGGUUGUAAUGCAGGUGUCAUGUCAGUACAAACUGACCCUCAGGAAAAACUUGUUCUGGCAGGUUCUCAUGAAGGAACAUGUAGAGUAUGGACUCUUACAGAUCAGAGACUUAGACACACCCUCACAGGACAUUCACAAAAGGUUAUGGCAGCCAAAUUUUUUGGUGGAGCAACUAAAGUCGUUUCAGGAGGCCAUGACAGAACAUUGAAAAUUUGGGAUCUUAGAAGUAAAGCAUGCAUGCGGACAAUUUUUGCUGGUUCAAGCUGUAAUGAUAUAGUAAUCCAUGAGGGAUUUGGUUCACAAGUGGCAAGUGGUCAUCUAGACAAGACUGUCAGGUUUUGGGAUGUCAGAUCUGACAAUCAAUCAAGUGUUGGAGAAAUCACACUUCAGGGGAAAAUAACAUCACUAGAUUUAUCCCCAGACAUGAACUACAUGUUGGCGAGUGCAAGGGAUGACACAGUAAAAUUGCUUGACUUGAGAAUGAACCAGGUUAUGUCAACAUGUAGUGCGGAUGGUUUUAAAGUUGCAGUGGAUUACACAAGGGCAUCAUUCAGUCCUGAUGGCCAGUAUGUCAUAUGUGGUUCAAAUGAUGGUAGUAUUUUUGUAUGGAAUGCAUCCUCAGCAAAACUUGAAAAGGUUCUUAAAGAACACAGUUCUUCAGUGGUUGUGUGUGCGUGGCAUCCUGAUGGAUCAAGUCUUAUCAGCUGUGAUCGUAACAAGCGUGCAAUUAUCUGGACAAACCGAUACUGAAGUCACUUUCAAACUGGAUGGCAUUGCUAUCACUUCAGUAUUGAUUUUCAAUGCACACCAUUUGUAUUAAGUACUAACAGUGCUGUAAAUAACUGGACUAAAUGGAAAAUUUAUGUACAGCAAGAUACAGAGGCUUCAAAAACUUAUUUCAUCCUGUUUUGAAAAAGAACUCCCUGAAAAAAUUGUUUGGUAUCUGAAAGAAACUUAUUACAAGAUGGCAUUUUUAGAUAAUGUUGUAAAAUAAGUUUUCUUGCUCUAACCAUAGAAGGUACACGUGUCUUUGAAGAGUCAAAAUUAAUUGACAAGAGUGAAGGCUUUCUUUAACUGCAGUUUCCCUUUAAAAAAUCUUUAAGAAUAAAUGUUCAAUUGUAAUUCUAAUCCUGUUGUUUAUUAUGUAGUUUUAAAAUAAAAGUCUUGGUAAGAGCUUAGUUUUUUGGGGCAUAAAGAAUUUGAAGUCAAUUAUGACACAUUUUUAAACCACACAUGUGUGUAGAGAGGCAAGUUUCUUCCAAAAGCAACUACUUAAACCUAAUAUGACUGACAGGUGUUUUUCAAGGAAAUAUCCUAAACCCCCUCUCUGUGGGGAUGCUUAAAUGGGGUGACCAUUUUAUUAGAAGUGCUAUAAAGGAGGGCACAAUGAACAAAAUAUCAAGGAGUCUAAGAUAACUGAUAGGGUAGUAGCUUUAAAUUUGAGCAAAAUAGUAAUUUGAUUUGUACAAGUUCCAGCUGACUCAGGUUGGGAGGGGAGGGGGGGGAAAGUCAGGUUAAAAAAUUUUACUUUAUUUUUAAUACAAUAAUUUAAAAUACAAUGAGCUGUUUGAGAAACCAUUUACUUAGAAAGGAAUGUUAGAUUUCGCAGAAUGCAAUUAUAAAUGCUUAUUUAAAAAAAAAAAAAAACACCAUAAGGCAUAUUACAAUGUAAGUAGUAAAAAAUAAGAAUGGUCAUAAAACAAUGGAACCCCCCCUCCCCCCCAAAGCCAAUUUCACCAUAUUUAGCUAUUCAAACUGUGCUGCAUUGCUUUUAAAACUAUUUACCCACAUUUCUCUGCUGAUAGGACUUGUAAAUAUAAUUUAGCUUUCUUUUGUAAAAGAGGUGAUAAUAAACUGUUUUGUGGACUGGUAAA